UGUCUUUUAGAAAACUGACACCAAUAAAACUUUUAAAAAAUAGCUCUUCCACCGUCUUUCUGCACCGCCACGGUGGUGCGCAUGAAUGUCCUGGCUGAUGCUCUCAAGAGCAUCAACAAUGCCAAAAAGAGAGGCAAAAGCCAGGUGCUUAUUAGGCCGUGCUCCAAAGUCAUCGUCCGGUUUCUCACCGUGAUGAUGAAGCAUGGUUACAUUGGCAAAUUUGAAAUCACUGAUGAUCACAGAGCUGGGAAAAUUGUUGUGAACCUCACAGGCAGGCUAAACAAGUGUGGAGAGAUCAGCCCCAGAUUUGAUGUGCAACGCAAAGAUCUAGAAAAAUGGCAAAAUAAUCUGCUUCCAUCCCGCCAGUUUGGUUUCAUUGUACUGACAACCUCAGCUGGCAUCAUGGACCAUGAAGAAGCAAGAUGAAAACACACAGGAGGGAAAACCCUGGGAUUCUUUUUCUAGGGAUGUAAUACAUAUAUUUACAAAUAAAAUGCCUCGUGGAAAAAAAA